GAAGGUCAACAAAGGAAAAAUCCAAUAAAGCAUACAUUAAGGACGUACGGAGGAAAAUUUACGGCUGAUGAUGAAGAUAACGGUUGAAUUAGUUGCUACGUGGCACCUUCGCAAGCCCCUUAUAAAAUACAAAUCCCUUUUUCAUGAAUAUAACUGUUCAUCACUCUAUAUUACCAUGUAAAAUAAAAGCUAUGAUACAAAUUAAAUUUCAAAUUCACAUUUCUCUGACAGAUUGCAUUAUGUUUCUCGUCAAGGCAUGGAGAUCAGCAGCUUUUGGUGUUUAUGGGUACCUGAAUUUCACCAAAGCCGGUUAUAUGGAACAUUCAAAGAACUUCAAAUCAGAAGAUAUGCAAUUAAGGAUGGAUGGAAAGAAUUGUAUUGUUACUGGAGCGAAUUCUGGCAUUGGGUUUGCAACUGCUGAGGAUUUGGCUUCAAGAGGGGCGUCUGUCUACUUGCUGUGCCGUAGUAAGGAGAGGGGGGAAGCCGCUCUUUCUAAAAUUCAAACUAAAACCGGAAACAAGAAUGUCUACUUGGAGGUAUGUGAUCUGUCUUGUGUGAGUGAAAUCAAGGCGCUCACUGCCAAAUUUUCUUCAAAGGGUGCCCCCCUUCAUGUUUUGGUCAAUAAUGUUGGCAUUCUUGAGAGUAACCAUGUCACAACUUCUGAAGGCUUCGAGCUGAAUUUUUCUGUAAACGUGCUGGGAACUUAUAUCAUCACAGAGUCCAUGUUACCCCUAUUAGAGAAGGCUGCACCUGAUGCACGAGUGAUUACAGUUUCUUCUGGUGGAAUGUACACUGCUCCUUUGACAAAUGAUUUGCAGUUCAAUGAGGGAAAAUUUGAUGGGGUGAUGCAGUACGCUCGAAACAAGAGAGUGCAGGUUGCAUUAACAGAAAAAUGGGCUGAAAUGUACAAGGAUAAGGGAAUUGGAUUCUAUGCUAUGCAUCCAGGUUGGGCUGAGACACCUGGAGUUGCGAAAAGUUUGCCAGAAUUUUCAGAAAGGUUUUCUGGGAAAUUUCGAACAUGGGGAGAAGGCGCGGAUACCAUUAUAUGGUUGGCUUUACAACCAAAAGAAAAGUUGGUCUGUGGUGGAUUUUACUUUGACAGAGCUGAAGCACCCAAGCACCUGCCAUUUGCAGCUACCGCUGGAUCUCAUGUUCUUAUUGAUUCUAUCAUUCAGAAACUUCGUUAUUUGGCAGGAAUUGCAUCAUAGACCAUGUAUGUUUUACACUUUUUUCCCCAAUGGUUUUGGUCAUGAUCUUUGAAUAUGGAAAAGAGCGGAUCUGCAGGGGGCUAAAAUGAAUUGGCUUAUACGAAAAAACUCCUGUUCUUUGGAAGAUCUAUCUCGUGUGUGGUACCAUAGACCAAAAAGUUGAUUGUACCAUAUAAACAUAUACUUGGAACUAGUUCCCUUGUCAGCACGAUCUCUCUAGAUAUGUGGCUAGCUUCAAAAUGUGGGAUGCUCUUGAAGUUUCUACAUGUGGUAAUUAGUAACUUUUUAUAUACCAUUUUUAUUGAAUUGAGGGUUUGAGGA